AUGCCGACAACCAAGCGGGUGUCAUUCGUGUCUCCUCUCGAAACGAACACGCGCACCAGUCAUGCAGGCGACGAGAUACCGUCUGAACACCAGGCCCUCGUUUUCACAUCCACGGCCACCGGCCUCGAGCUGAAAACGGUCCCGACCCCGAGGCAUCCACAGCUGGGCACGGUCCUGGUCCGCAUCGAGGCGGCCACCAUCCUUUCCUACCAGGGCGGCAUAUACAACGGCACGCGCCAGUACCCACAGAUCGCGUCUCCCCACUCUGGCGGCUACAGCGGGGUGGGCCGCAUAGCCGCCGUGGGCGCCGACGCCACCGCGCUGCGGGUGGGCCAGUUCGUGUUUGCCGACUGCGACGUGCGCGCCCGCGACGGCGACGGCUGGUUCCUCGUCGGCACGCAGACCGCGUCGGACCCCGGCGCGCGACGCGUCAACGAGGCCGUGUACAGGGACGGCGCCUUUGCCGAGUACUUUACCGUCCCGCUCGAGAACUGCCACGCCCUCGACGAGCCGCGCCUGACGCGCGAGCUCGGCUACUCGGUCGCCGACGUCGCCUACAUGAGCUACCUGCUCGUCGCGUACGGUGGGCUGCGCGACAUGGGGCUGGAGCCCGGCGAGACCGUGGUCGUCGCGCCCGCCACGGGCGGCUUUGGCGGCGCCGGCGUGCUGACCGCCCUGGCCAUGGGGGCGCGCGUCGUCGCCAUGGGCCGGAGCGAGCACGAGCUGGCCCGGCUCAGGGCGCACGCCGCCGAGGGGUACCCGGGGCGCGACGACAUGGUCGAGACGGUGCGCAUCACGGACGACGAGGCGGCCAUCGCGGCGGAGCUGCAAGCCCUGGGCACCGUGGACGCCGUGCUGGACUUUUCGCCGCCCGAAGCCGACGGGUCCUGCUACCUGAGGUGCGCCAUCAGGUCGCUGCGGCCAAAGGGCAGGGUGUCGCUGAUGGGCUUCUCGACCGACUUCGCCGACCACGCCGUCGUCAUGAACAGCCUCUGUCUGCGCGGCAAGGUCAUGUACGAGCGGGACGACGUGUCGCGGUUCGUCAAGCUGCUCGAGCGCGGGCUGUUUCCUCGCGGCAAGAGGCUUGUCGACACCAAAGUUUUCGGGCUCGACCAGGCAAACGAGGCUCUGGCCGCUGCAGCAGAACAUGCUGGAUGUGGCCGAUCUGUGGUGUUUGCUCCAUGA